GAUUCUGCCUCUUCCCUUAGGGCGGAGCCCCUGGACUCCCAGCUUCCUUGCCAGGGAGGAGGAGAGACAUCCAUCUGCUGGGGCCUGAGUGUGGCCUGGGGGACAGGCCGUCGGUCCCGGAAUGCCCCUGCCUGAGCCCAGCGAGCAGGAGGCUGAGAGCGUGAAGGCCAGCCAGGAGCCAUCCCCAGGCACCGAUGUCGUCCCUGCAGCUCCCAAGAAGCCCAGGAAGUUCUCCAAACUGGUCCUGCUGACAGCCUCCAAAGACAGUGCCAAGGUGGCCGGUGCCAAGCGUAAAGGGGUGCACUGUAUCAUGUCCCUGGGGGUGCCCGGCCCCGCCACCCUUGCCAAGGCCCUCCUCAAGAUCCACCCCGAGGCUCAGCGAGCCAUUGAGGCAGCUCCCCAGGAGCCGGAGCAGAAACGCAGCAAACUGGACACAGAUGGAAAAGAAGCCGGAAGAUUGGCAGGGCGGCCUGCCCGCAGUCCCUCACCAGGUGCCAAGGAGCCCACCGUGUGCCCCAGCAUGCCCAGCAAGUCCCUGUAACCCUGACCACGGCGGUGGGGCCUUGCUGGGCCAGUGAACUUGGCUGUGACUUCUCCCUGGGACCAGCUGUGACUGGUUUUCACUCUUAACAUUGUGUCAUUUUUUUCAGAUCAAGCAUAAGUUUCUUUUGUAAGCAGAAAAAAAAAUUCAGGAAAGAGAAUAAAGAAGCUGUACACUAGACCCCAUCAUGGACAGGUUUUAAGAAUUCCAUGAUUCUGGGUCCUUUGAGGCCCAGCCCCAGCCCCAUCCCCCAGGGGCCUCUCCACACAUACCUGCCCCCAUCCAGCCUUUCCCCAGAGCUGCCAGCGGCCUGGGCCCCAUCUCUCAGACUCCAGGUGCUCUCUGGGGCCUCUGUCUCCCAGGGCCUCACACCCCGGGGCCCCCUCAGCCUGGAAAGCCAGCUACUGGGCCAGAGACCUGGUGGGGUCUCUGAGGCAUCCUCUUCCUGCUGCCUUGGCCUAAAAGGGGGUGGUGGGACCUCCAGCCCUGAGCCCCCGGGUCACCAGUCCCAGCCAGUCCCCAGGAUGCUCCUGGCAGCUCCUGCUGGACCCUCUGGAGGCUCACCUCCUCCAGGCAGCCACACAGACUGAGGCACCCCCUCCACAGGGCCCUCCCGUUCAUGACAGCCCCGGGUUCUGCUGAGGAGGGGGUGGGCCCCAACACAAGUGUGUGGUGCCCCAUCAUGUUCCUUCUGGGUGGUUUGGGGGCUGAGGGAGAUUUCCUGGGACGAGCCCCUCCCCAGGCCCCCCUGCUGGGGGAGGAGACAGGAAACACACAGUUCCCUUCCUUCAGGGAGGCAGGGCCCCUGAGGUCUGGAGGGGAAAAGCUCCCCUCCUGUAGCUUCCCCAGGGGAUCCUCAUUCUUUGAAAACUGCCACUGGGUGAGAGGAAAUGGAUUAUAUUUUAAAUGUGGAGUUUAGAGGCCUUAUGUUUUUAAACAACAUUUUCCAAAUUUAAUUAGUACCUAUUGACUCCCUCUUAGGGAAGCGGGUCCCUCAGCAGUUUUCUCUCCCAACUCUCCGUUUUGCUGUCAUUUUUACAGUGUGAUUGUUUGUAAUAUUUAUA